CUCGAUGUGUAGCUGUGGCCAUCGUCAUCGUUUACCUGACAGCGACCUGAACUGGCGGAAUGUUCUACUACUUUGUUCCCAGAUCUCUGAUGCUGUUGAUGGAGAGGACUUCGAAUGUCAGCCGGGACAGUGGUCAUCGCAGGAGGAAUUCUGGCUACAGUCAUCUUACUGACCAUCGUCGCUGUACUGUGUUUAUGUAGGUUGCAGUAUUACUGCUGUAAGAAGGAGGAGUCUGAGAAGGGGGAAGAGGAGGAACCAGAGCUCGCCACCAUGUCGCCGUCCCGCCCCCUGGCUCUGUCCGCUCCUCCUACGCCUCCGACACCGGAACACUACAGCGACGAGCCCGAAACCUACCCCCCCACCUUCCUCACUGAGGCCAACGGGCCCGCCAGCUACACCCCCACCCCUCCGCCACGCAGGUGCCAGCGCUCGCAUGCCUUCUGCCCGUCCUGCGCCCGCUGCUCACUGCCCUUCUAUCUGCAGCACCCGGAGCGGCUGUGCAACGGCGGGCGCAGGAUCAGCUACAGGACUGUGCAGCAGCAGGACCUGGAACUGCCCAUGGACCUGGCCAGCUUCUACCAGAAGCUCAACCUCAUCCGCUCGGUCACCAUGAGGGAGGUGGUCACCCACAGCGUCAGCACCGACGUGUAG